AUGUCAAAAUUCGAGCGACCCUUUCAAGUUCAAGAACCACAUAGCAAGAAGUACAUCAAAGUUGAGGGACUGCGGGCAAGAGAUAUGGAUUCUGUGAUUGUACCUAGGAUGGAUGCGAUGAAGAAAGGGGAGUUGGAGAGGAAGAGAAAUAGGGGUUGGAGUUUGAAUUGGAUGACGAGAAAGAGGAAGGGAUUUGAGGAUGAGAAGAGGAAGGAGGGCAAGGGGAAAGUGCGUACAUAUAUAAAUUACACGGAUUUCAGUCCCCGGCGUAUGAUACCACAUCCGUGGUAUACAAGGCCUGGGUGCGUAUUAGAGCGAAGAGAUCUUUCGUUAACUCGGAGAAGGGAGUUUGAGAGGGUGCGGAGUUAUUGA